AUGGCAUUACCAGUGAGAUACAGCAAGAAUGAAAUAAUCGAGGCGUACAAGGGGUUACAGAUUGCCAGGCCAGAGAACAUCAACGACUCGCUGCUGGUAUCUGACUCGCAAAUAACUCCCGUGAAUUUAUCCAGACACACGCCGAUUUCUGGCAAUUUAAACUCUAAUUUCAAGAAGCGUGUUGUUAAUAACAAUAAGAAAUCAAAGUCGACGCCCGUGAAGGGUGGUGGCGGUGCACACGGUGUUCACGCUACUCAAAGUGCACACGCUCCCCACGCCGCUCCCGCUCCAGACUGGGACAACCACUCGGGCUGGGCUCAGCGAUUCAAAAAGGGCGACGAUCUUUUCAACCGGAAAGUCGCAAGCAAGCCAGUGAGCAGGCCAGUGAGCAGACCAGCCAGCAGACCAGCCACUCCGACGACUCCGACGACUCCGCCCAAAGGUCUUCUUAAUAGACCUUCAAAGAAGGCUGUUGACGGUGUGCAGCAGCCACAGCAGGUGGUUCAACAGCCGCAGCAACACGCGCCUCCACAACCACCUUCACAAACCCUUUCAGACUGGGUCUAUAGGGACCCCUCUGGCAGCCUCCAAGGCCCUUUCAAUCCCGACACCAUGCAGCAAUGGUUCCUCUCUGCCUACUUCCCGCCCUCGCUCCUUGUGAGCAGAGUAGAUAGUGAGACAUUUAUCCCACUCGACGAAUUGCUAGCUAGAGUGGCAGACCGCAGCCAGCCCUUCCACAGUGCGAUAGUGGUCGACGUGAACAAGCUCUACCACCCACAACCACAGCCACAACCACAGCUACAAAGGCUAGCAGCAACUGACUCAGCUGGUCCAUCACCCGUAUCCACCCCAUUCGCAAGGCCAUUAUGGGCGAGUGGCAGUGGCAGUGGCAGUCCAAUGGUGGAUGUAGAACAACACCACCACCAGCAGCAGCAAUCCAAAGAGGAGAUUCUACUUGCACUCCGUCACAGAGACCUCCUCGAGCAGCAGCAGCAACAACAACACCAACAACAACAGCAGCAGUUUAUUCAACACCAACUCUUACAUCAACAAGCCGCUGCUCAACAACAACAGCAGCAACAGGAAUUGCACGUGUGGCAGCUCCAGCAACAAGCCCAGCAAGAGGCACAGAAACAGGCUCAAGAGCAGGCGCAAGAGCAGCUAGCGCACACGCAUCUCCGCGACGAUGCGGAUUUGUCAGUGGCAGUUGAAGCACCUGAAUCUACCGUCGAUAGUGGUAGUAUAGCGGAAGAAAGUGUGAUGUCGCCUAUUAAGACUCCGCCAUCCGUGGCAGUGGCGCCCGUUGCGCCAGUCGCUCCGGUCGCGCAGGUGCAGGGAGUUGAACCAGUCCAGGCAGUUCACCCACAACACUCCCACUCCCAGCCAUUAUCAGGCAGGGGUGGUGUGAAUGUAGUGACGCAAGCGGAGCUCGAGAGAGUGCAGCGUGGCGUGAAUGGUGGUGGCGUUGGUGGUGGCAGAGACAUAGCCCCACAUCACUCUUCCGACUCACCCAAGAUGUCAGUAUCGCUGGGCGACGUGCUGGAGAAGCAAGGCGGGCACACAAACACGCAUACCACCUACCCACCAAAGAAGGCAGCUCCUGCACCCUGGGCCGCACAAGCACAGGUACAGACGGAGAAUGUGCGCGAGAAGACCACACCUUCACUCAAGGAGAUCCAGGAGGCAGAAGCUAGGCAGUCGGCGGCUAAGAAGCAGGCUCAGGCUCAGCGCUCGGCAGCGCAAAAACAGCAACAGCAACCAUCUGCUCGUGUUGACGACGUCCUCCCAGGCACACUCAACUGGGGACUGGCUAGCAGUGGAAGUGGUGCGAGUCAGCAAGCACACAAUGGCUCUAACACUAACUCCAAAGAUAUCACCUCCACUUCCACUUCCACCCCUCCAGCCUGGGGCGGUAGCAGCCUCGGGCAGAAGAAGAACCUGAGACAGAUCCAGGAAGAGGAAGAAGCAAAAGAGCGCGAGGUGCAGAGAAAGAAUGUGGCUACGGCUCAGGCCCAUGCUGCUGCGAGAGGGUAUGCGGCAUCCGCGCAGCGUACAGCGCAAUUGAAUGGAAUGACUGGUGCUAAUGCAAACGCAAACGCAAAUCCAAAUCCAAAUGCAAAUAUAGGCAAUGGUGCUUGGACAGUGGUGCAGGGCAGUGGGGUGAAACCAGGUGCAGUUGCAAGUCAAGGCAGCGGGUUGGGGUCACAAACACAAAGCGGAGCACCAGCAAAAACGGCGAAAGCAAGCAACACACCGGCUAAAACAACAGCUACACCAGCAGCACCUACACCUAGCGUCAGUGUACCAGCGUCGAUUGCUCAAGGCUCGAACGUGCGUGAACCAGGAGCACCUUCAGAGGAGUUUGUCAAGUGGUGCAAGGGGUCGAUGACAGGGUUGAAUGGGACGACGGCUGAUGAAAUACUUCCAAUACUUCUGUCGUUCGAUAUAGAGAAACCAGAUCUGGAACUGAUCCAGGAUAUGGUGUAUGCAUCAUCGUCGACGAUGGAUGGCAGAAGAUUUGCGUCAGAGUUUGCGCGUAAGAGGAAGGAGGAUGCGAAGGGGGUUACAGGGUUGACAGGGACAGUAACGACGACGAAAGCACCACAAGAGACAUUCAAGGUGGUGCAAAAGAAGAAGAAGAGAGUGUAA